CGUCCUCGCCAUUUUUCUUGUUGUGGUGUGUAGGGAGGUCUAUGGGUCUGGCCGGGUCUACAUUCACAGUUCUGGAAAAUUCUGUGUUGUAUUUCACAAUUUAACGCCUCGUUUUGUUAUCUGUGUAUUAAAACGUCUCACACGCGAGCGUCGAAAACAAAGAAAGCAACAUGGCGCAGUACAAAGGAGCUGCCAGUGAGGCUGGGAGAGCCAUGCAGCUGAUGAAAAAACGAGAAAAAGAAAGAGAACAUCUUGAACAGCUAAAGCAGAAGAUUGCAGAGGACAACAUGGUCAAGUCCAACAUUGAUAAGAAAUUCUCAGCUCACUACGAUGCUGUGGAGGCAGAGCUAAAGUCCAGCACAGUUGGUCUGGUAACACUGAAUGAUAUGAAGGCCAAGCAGGAGGCGCUGGUGAAGGAGAGAGAGAAACAGCUGGCCAAGAAGGAGCAGUCCAAGGAACUCCAGUUAAAGCUUGAGAAGCAGAAAGAGAAGAAGAGAAAGGAGGAACAGAAGAGGAAAAUAGCCAGUUUAUCGUUUAAUCCGGAAGACGAGGGAGAAGAAGAAGAGGAUGAGGAAACUGAAGAGGAAGAACAGGAUUACUGUGCUAAGAAGAAGAAACUGGGGAAAAAUCCAGACGUGGACACAAGCUUCCUUCCUGAUCGAGACAGAGAGGAGGAGGAGAAUCGUCUCCGGGAGGAACUCAGGCAGGAAUGGGAGCUCAAACAGGAGAAGAUAAAGAGUGAGGAGAUUGAGAUUACAUUCAGCUACUGGGAUGGCUCUGGGCAUCGUAAGACUGUCAAGAUGAAGAAGGGAAAUACCAUCCAGAACUUUCUGCAGAGGGCCCUGGAGGUCCUCCGAAAGGACUUCAGUGAGCUCAGGUCUGCCGGAGUAGAGCAGCUGAUGUACAUCAAAGAGGAUCUGAUUAUCCCACAUCACCACAGUUUUUACGACUUCAUUGUGACCAAAGCCAGAGGCAAAUCUGGUCCUCUUUUCAGCUUUGACGUCCACGAUGAUAUUCGUCUGGUGAACGACGCCACUGUUGAAAAAGAUGAGUCCCAUGCAGGUAAAGUGGUGCUGAGGAGCUGGUAUGAGAAGAACAAGCACAUCUUCCCCGCUAGUCGCUGGGAGCCGUACGAUCCUGAGAAGAAAUGGGACAAAUAUACGAUCCGGUGAAACCUGUCUUCUCCAGUCUCUGAAAUCCUCGAUGCAAAGUUUUUUGUUGUUGAUUUCCGUUUUAUUUUACCCUUAUUAUAUACUGUAUAGUUCAUCAAUGCCUUCAUAAACUAUUGAUUUGUAAUUUUACUUGGAGUUCAAAAUACUUGUUUCCCCAAAUGUAUUUGUAUUGCCAAUGCAAUGUUUCCUGUAAAAACAACCCCCCCACAUCCCAUAUGUGUAUAGCCCAUAAACAUGUUGUAGGAUCUAUGCGUGAUAAAGUGAACUUGGCUAUGA